UACCACUUGUUGGGUACCCCCACCGCUUCCCCACAGUUCUCUCCCUUUCCUUUUUGACUUAAAGAGUUUUCAGAGUAGUUAUCUCCAUCAAUUAUAGAGAGAAAAGACAAGGGGUACUGCUUACUAGCACUUAUCCAUUUUUUCUCUUUGAUGUUUUGAGCGCUGGCUUUCUUCUUCUUCUUCUAGGAAAGCACGAAAGAAAGAAAGAGAGAAAGGUUAAUAUUCCAUCAUUCAUUCAUGGGACGUUCACCUUGCUGUGAGAAAGCUCACACCAACAAAGGAGCAUGGACUAAAGAGGAAGACCAGCGUCUCAUCAACUAUAUUCGUGUUCAUGGUGAAGGCUGCUGGAGAUCCCUCCCUAAAGCUGCAGGGUUGCUUAGAUGUGGCAAGAGUUGUAGGCUAAGAUGGAUAAAUUAUCUUAGGCCUGAUCUCAAGAGAGGAAACUUCACUGAAGAAGAAGAUGAGAUAAUCAUUAAGCUUCAUAAUCUUCUUGGAAACAAAUGGUCUCUAAUAGCAGGAAGAUUACCCGGACGAACAGACAAUGAGAUCAAGAAUUACUGGAACACACACAUUAAACGCAAGCUCAUUAGCCGUGGCAUUGACCCCCAAACGCACCGCCCUCUUAAUGGUGGCACGGCCACCACGACAACUACAGUCACGCCCACGACCACCAAUACUGACGCCUCGAAAACAGCCAAAAACAUUUGCCUGGACUUCAGAAGUUCAGCAUUGCCAUUGGAUAACAAAAAUGGUUUCAUGAAUGAUCAUGGAAGCAGCAAGUUUAAGCUGACAACAGAUCACUCAUCAGCCGAAGAUACAAAAUGUAGUAGCGGUACAACAGAGGAGAGUCAGGCACCACAGGGACCACUUCUACUGGAAGAUCAAGCCACCACCCCAUCAGUGAUGCUUGAUCUUGAGCUAUCUAUUGGACUUCCACAGCCCAAAUCUAGUAUUAGCUCCUUUUCAAGUUCUGCUGAAUCUAAGGUUUCUCAAGGUUUCUGGGCCGCGGCACCACCACCACAACAGCUGACGCAAGCUGCCGCCGCCGCCGCUGCAACAGCGACGGGAAAGCCGGUUUGUUUGUGCUGGCAACUGGGGUAUAAGAGUGGACAGUUAUGUAGAAAUUGUGAAAUGGCAUUACAGAUAUCAUUGAAGAUCGAAGAUCGAUUUCAGGGUUAGAUAAUACUAUAAGCUUUUUUUCUUUUUCUUUUUUUUUAAUUCCUGAAACAAAUUUUCCUUUUGGUUAUUGGUACUAAGUAGUUAGGAGUUAGUACCUUUCUCCAACCGAAUGUAAUCAGUCCCAAUGGCCACAAAUGUAAUAUUUGCCAAGAUUUUUAAAAAAUCCAAAAAAAAAAGAAAAAGAAAAAGAAGAAAGCCAAAAUCUCAGGAAC